AAUCCUGUGAUCUAUGCGUCAGCUGUCAAGUCGCGCACACGCAUACUACAGCACUGUCUCUAUGCAAGAUUUGUUUGGACAACGAAUAAAUCUGAAAUUCCACAGAGACUCGGAACACGCAAAGUAUGGUGACAGCAAAACUACUCCUAUCAAGCUGGAGUAAAGCGACUCGAUGACAGGGAAGUGAUAUGACGCAGGUUUGUGUUAGUUAGAGGAGUAGGAUAAAAAAAGGCGAACAGGUUUUCCGGUUGUAACGUUGCUAAUAAGCUAGCCACGGACGGAGUUGUCCAACCGGCUUCAUUAGCCGUAGCUGGCUAGCAAGCUAACAAGCUGAUGCUGCGACAGCUCUGCUGCAUUCAAGCAAAUGAGGAGGGAGUUUACCUGGAGGUGUUUAAUUCUGCUGUCUUUUAUUUUUUUUUAGCAAAAAUUAGCAUGUUAUCUUGCGGUAGCUGUUGCGAAGUAUUCAGAAUUUGCUUUAGGUGAAGUGACGGACGAGGAGGUAACGUUAGUGAGGUUGGGUUGCUCAAAUAGUUAUGAGCAGUUUCAACAUUACAACCAAAACGUCCACGUUUAGCUCUUUGAGCACCGACAGUAAAGGUUCACCGGUCAGCGUUGACGCUACCAACAACAACAAGGAGUGGGCUUUGGGCAACGAUGUGUUUUCGUGUUGUCACGAGAUGAGCCCUAUGGACGGUAAGCUGCAGUCAGGGAUGUCCUCCGUCCAGUCCGGACUGGAAGGACACCUGCCGCUUCUGCACUCCAGACACCACAGCACCCAAGGCGGGCUGUUGUUGGACCUGAGUUCCCCGACAGCAUACCUCGAUAGCAGCUCUCUGGAUUACAGCGACAACGAUGGGAACAACGCUGGUCCGUUGUUCGAGAGGAGGAAGAGGUCGAGGUCCAACAGCUCCAGACACCGCUACAACGAGGUGGUCACGGAACUCGGUCCGGAGGAGGUACGGUGGUUCUACAAAGAGGACAAGAAAACCUGGAAGCCGUUUGUCGGGCACGACUCACUUAAAAUUGAGGUCAUGUUUCGUAAAUAUUGCGAGCUGAACCCCGGUGCAGCAGGCUCCCAGGUCAGCGGCGGGGAGGAGGAGUGCGGUGAUAACAGUGUGGAGAGCAGAGGGCUCAACGGCGCAGUGCCGGUGGAGACGAGGACCAGCAGUGUGCACGGAGGCCGGGGGUCUCAGGACACAUCCACCGUCUCCUCGGAUGAGAGAGACCCUGACAGCAUUGAAAUCAACGUAGAGCCAGUCUGUGUCCGGGGAGGACUCUAUGAGGUGGAUGUUAAAGAGAGGGAAUGCAAUCCUGUUUACUGGAAGCAACAAGACCACAUUCCAGUGAUGAGAGGCCAAUGGUUCAUUGAUGGUACCUGGCUCCCUUUAGAGGAAGAGGAGAGUGACCUUAUCGAGCAGGAGCACCUGAACCAUUUUCGUGGGCAACAGAUGCAGGACACAUUCGAAACGGAUUUGGUCGUCAGAACCGUCGACAGUAAAGAUGUUCUCUCCCACCUGCCCCCUUUCUACCUCCCUUUUCUGUUCAAAUGGAGUGGAUAUCAGACGAGUGCUAGAACUACAUGUCACAAGCGCAAACGCUGCCAAGCCAUCCACAGUCUGAAGCUGAGUCGGACCCAUGUGGAUUGGCACAGUGUGGACGAGGUCUACCUCUACAGUGAUGCCACCACUUCCAAAAUUGCACGCACAGUCACCCAGAAACUGGGCUUCUCCAAAGCCUCCAGUAGUGGAACACGGCUCCAUCGAGGUUUUGUCGAGGAGGCCUCCCCAGAGGACAGACCCCCUCAGACUACACACGUUGUCUUUGUGGUCCAUGGGAUUGGACAGAAGAUGGACCAGGGACGCAUUAUUAAAAACACGGGAAUGCUAAGGGAGGGUGUGAGGAAGAUGGAGGAGAAGCACUUUUCAGAGCACAAUGACGAACAUGUGGAGUUCCUGCCUGUGGAGUGGCGCUCCAAGCUGGCUCUGGAUGGAGAUACGGUAGACUCAAUCACACCAGACAAAGUGAGAGGACUAAGAGACCUUCUCAACAGCAGUGCCAUGGACAUCAUGUACUACAACAGCCCCCUUUACCGGGAUGAGAUUACUAAGGGCCUAACACAGGAGCUAAACAGACUGUACACACUUUUCUGCACCCGGAACCCUGAGUUUGAGGAGAGGGGAGGCAAGGUGUCCAUUGUGUCUCACUCCCUCGGCUGCGUCAUCACCUAUGACAUCAUGACCGGCUGGGAUCCUGUGCGCUUCUGUCUGCAGGAGCACCGCGCUGUGGAAGAGGAGCUGGACCUGCGCUGGAUGUCCUAUGAAGAGAGACAUCUUUUAGAGCAGCUGCGGCACACUAGAACAAGAUUACGAGAGCUGGAAAAUCAACUUGAAACACUGGAAGCCUCUAAACCGUCAGCACCCCCAGCACUCAAAUUUAAGGUGGAGAACUUCUUCUGCAUGGGUUCUCCUCUGGCUGUCUUCUUGGCCCUGAGAGGGAUCCGCCCCGGUACCAGCUGCCACCAGGACCAUAUCCUGCCCACCUCCAUCUGCAGCAGGCUCUUCAAUGUCUUCCAUCCUACAGACCCUGUGGCCUACAGACUGGAGCCCCUAAUCCUCAAACAUUAUAGCAAUAUUGCACCUGUUCAAAUACACUGGUGUAGUGCCACUAACCCCACACCCUAUGAUGAGAUACGGCCCACCUUCCUGAACCCAGUCAAAGACCCAGCAUCUGACACAGAGAGCAUCCCCAGCCCAAGCACCUCUCCUGUCCUCGCCCGACGACACUAUGGAGAGUCUAUCACCAACUUGGGCAAGGCCAGCAUACUGGGAGCGGCGAGCAUAGGGAAGGGCAUCGGAGGCAUCCUUUUCUCACGUUUCUCUCGCUCCAACAGCCAGCCUUCAGUGUCAUUAGGACUCGAGGGAGGGGUCAACUCUGAAGAAGAGGAGCAGAAACGGACAGAAAGCCAGUCUGCAUACGGCCUCUCCAGUAUGAUUCGGCCGACCUCACCUACUGCUGACACAUCAUUGGAGCUGGAGCAGCGCGUCGACUUUGAGCUCCGAGAAGGUCUGGUGGAGAGCCGCUAUUGGUCAGCAGUGACCUCACACACAGGCUACUGGUGCUCACAUGACAUAGCACUCUUCCUGUUGACCUUCAUAUACAAGCAGAAGAACAUGCCCUCCGACCCAGAAGAAGAUAACCUGGAACCAGACUGAGGCGGCACAUUAAUUACAACACAUACACACUUGAAUGGCAUCAUCUUUUUGACAAGAUGCAAAACUAGACUUCAUUUAUUUUCAUGCAGACAAACUGUUCAAAUACACUAUUAAUCUUUUUUUUUCCUAUACCUACCUGUUUUCCAGCUCUUUGAACACAUGGGAAUCAUUUCUGACAAACUGACCCCAUACUUUUGUGCAUUUUUUGUUUAUUUUUGUGUAGUUUGUACACAAUCUCUCACCCUAAGGGUGACAGUAUUGGACCAGGAACCCCUAAGGAGGUGCACCCUUUGCCAGUAUGACCACAAGUUACAUAUAAAUGUGGAAUACGAGUCUAAAGAGUUUGACGCGUAUGGGUUUAUUGCACCCAGUUGCAGAAAGUUCUAGCUUCAUCCCUAAAACUUUAACUAUAACUCAAAUAGUUGCAGCCUGUUGAUUACGUGUCAAUGAGGUUCCUAUUAAUCAUAGCAUCAGUGCUUCAAUCCAGCCUCUCUCCUACAGACUCAGUCUGGAGCCUUGUAACACAGUUGCCUGAUCCCUGGUCACUGAGGCUGUCAGUUCUGUGUCUGAUCUUUUUCACCUUUUCUUUGACAUGAUGGAAGCAAAAAUAGAAUUGUCAGGAAAUAGUGGUUUUAUCUUUAAAAUGAACCUUUAGCGACUACAUCUGAAAAACUUAACGCUAACAAGCAAGUGCAAUGCCUUUCAAAAUUAGCCAAACAAUGUAGAAUAUUUGUUUAGUUUUUCUGAACAAAAUCUUAGGGCAUUAUCCCUUUAAUAAUGUUUUGGGAGUCUGAGGAAAGACAUAACAAAUAUGCUACUUUUAGGUUCUUUUUCUUCCUCUGAUGAUUUUUUUUUUUAAAUGUUCGCCUCUUUUUUUACAUCAUCAGACUCUUAAAAUAGAUAUGCACCAAUUAAAACAUUUUGAUAUACUGUACAGUUCACUAGAACAGAAUUUUCUCACAGCUCACCACCUUACAUUACUGCAGUCUCCAUGUGACAUUAGCAGAGGUUUAAUAACCACAUGAGGCUCGUAACCUAACAUGUAUAUCGCCACCCUUAAACAAGGGAUAGACAAUGUACAGUUAUUGUCUAACAGAGUUUAUGAAUCCAAAUCUACAAUUCUCUUGAUGAUGUCAUUUAAUAGACAAGAUGUCUCACUCAGAACAAUCCCAUUCACUCAGACUAAUUUCAGUCAUUCUAUAUUAAGGAUAAGUUACGAGGGAAUUCUCAGUGCUCAUAUCUUUUAUAUUGAUAUCUAGAUGAAAUCAGAGGAACGAGAUGUAUUUUUUCUUAAAAAUAUUUUUCCUAGCGAUUUUCAGGCUGUUGAGGAUAUAAACCUGGAUCUCAUCUUGAGAAAUGGGAUUCAAACUUGUGGCCAAAUAAAAUUUAUGUGUCUAGCUUGUUACGCUGCUUGACUUCAGUAAUACUAAGUCUAGUUCAUACUCCAUGAAGCAGCAAUUGGCCUGAGGUAAAAGCAGCUUCUUUUUUUUUAUUUUGAGGCUUUUGUGAUACAUGGCAAACAAAAGUUAAUUGUUUUUCCUUCGCCUUUUUUGGUGAGUCGGUGACCUAUUCACACUUUCCCCUUAAAGAAAUGGAUCUUUUUACUUUUAUGUGAAAGAAGGGUUUUUAGUCUUAAAACUUGAGUUUUCCCUGACAUUAGACAUGUGAUCUCCUAAUUGACACUAUUUGCAAAUUUACCCCAAAAUUAAGAAAAUGUGGACAACUGAAGACUGCAAAUUAUGAUUUUAGUUUUCCAAAAGAUACUUUGCUGGUUAUCAUGAAUUUUGCCUUAGGUUUGUCAGAGCAUAUAUAUGAACUUUUCUCCAAUAAUGAUGGUGCGUAUGUUAUUAUUUUUUCUAAUGUCGUCCUUUUACAAACACGCCCAGUAAUAAUUAUGAAGAAGUUUGAAAGCUUACUCGCUUUGCAUGGUGUCAUAUUGUUGGUAUUGGAGCAAGAAGACAUUGCAGAGAGUGCCAACACACAUCUAAAAACCUUGUGUUUGUCAUGACUAGAAAACCACAAAUGAUGAAAGCGAAAUCAUUUAUAAGACAUUUGCAAUGGAUGAAGAAGUGGAACUAUCCUCAGAUUAAUCAUUGUGGAGUUAAAUGUGACAGACUUGAUUAUUGUCAUUGUCAAAUUUACUUUGUGUCCUACUUGUUAAUAUUAUCGUAGUUAUCAAGAGCUUAUUCUAAUUUGCUAUGGUGCAAGCUGCUGCUUUACUGUUCCACACAAUCAAGGCCUGUUGUUGACUUAUCCACCAGUGAAUGGAAACCAGCUAUUGGUGUCAAAAGUCUGUGUUAUGUGUGCAGAGGCCUACUGACUGAAACCAGACUGCCUUUCAAAUGAUCGGAUGACAGAAAAGUCUGGAAGUAGUAAAAGAAGCAUGGACAUAUAAGGGAGAAUGUUUUGAAAGUGUUUCUACAUUUGAUCUGGUGGAUCUUGCACAUUCGUCGGCUAUGAAUUGCACAAAAUUAAUGUUUAAAAAACAGCCUGUUGAUUUUAUUUAUUCAUUUCUGGUGAGCAUGUGUUACAAUGCAGUGAUAGAUGCAGAAAAGUGGUCAGCAAUAUUAAUGUACUUUGUUACUUGGACGGCAUGCAUGCAAUUUACCUUUUGAAACCUUUAGACAUAAUGCAGAAUACAAGGACAGUCCCAUUGUUGCCUCUGCAUCUUUAAAUCUCACUGUGUGGGUUCAGACACAGCGAACACACACUGACGGAGUAUGGACGGACCAGCUUAACAAUAACAACAAUGUUUCUGCCAGUGUUUGUGAUUUGGCUAUGUGGUUCCAAAAUGUAUAAUGUGAAAUUUGCACAAUUUCCAUCAGAGCAAUUCUUGAUUAAAGCACAGAUUUGCAACUGUGUUCACUCUGCCUGCUAAAAAUUUAGCAACUAAACUGGAGAGCAUUACAGAGAAAUCUGUGUAGACAUGUUGUAAGUUUGACUAUAGCAUUUUGAAUGAUGACAGUAUAUUUUUCUUGUUACAAAGCACCGCAAGCAUCAGGGAAACAUCUACUGUAACAUGUUUUGUAGAUGUUGACACCAGUUUGAAGCCAUUAUUCAGUAAAAAAAAAAAAAAAAAAAAAA